CGUGUAGUUGUGACACACCUCUCGGUUGAGUAGAAGUCUCUGGAAUACUUUCUUGUUGGUGACUAAAUCAAGUGUGUUGCUGAUAAAACUCAUCACUCGUUUGAGUGGUCUACUCUGUUUUUGGUCCAUUGCUUCCUUUCCUUGUUAAUUUGAUUUUGUAGUGAACUUCAAAAGAUUCAAAACAUCAUGAUUAUAUAUCAAUCACACUUAUUUCUAUAAUAAUACCAACACUGUGAUUGCAUAUUCACCACUCUUUUCAGCAAGCAAUGAAGCUAGCCUUGGUAGUUCUGGUCUUUUCCACCCUAUCCUUUGCCAUAACCCCAACUCUUGCAAUUUCCAUGUCGAAACCCGGGUGUCCAGAAAAGUGUGGAGAUGUCACCAUUCCCUAUCCUUUUGGAAUUGGUUACCUGUGCAGUGCAAACCCCUCAUUCGCAGUUAUAUGCAAAUAUUCGGCAGGAAACUCCACAAGAAUGGUGCCAUUCUUGAACAUUAUAAACUUAGAAAUAGUGAAUGUUUCUAUCUACGGUGUGGUUAUAGUGAAUCUGCCCGUGUCGUCGAUAAACUGCUCUGAAGGGCAAAGAAGAGAAUCUCUACCCAUAUCACUCUCAGGAAGUCCGUUCACAGUCUCAGCACACUACAACACGUUAGUCGUACUAGGCUGCAAGAAUGCUGUGUGGCUUCAUGAUAAUGGAAAGGAAGUUGGAGGAUGCUUGGCUAUGUGUGAUGAUGCUAAUUCUACAGACGCACUCAGUUGCAAUGGCGUAAAUUGCUGCAAAACAUCAAUUCCAAGACGAGUCCAUGAGUUUGAGUUUACUUACCAAAGUAUUCAAACCAGCAACAGCAGUUUAUGUGGGUAUGUUUUUCCUGUUGACAAGAAAUGGAUGCAAAAUGGGGAUUACAAAAGGUAUAAAGGCCUUGUGGAUGAUCUGUCGAAUCCAUCUGAUCGCGAGUUUGGAUUUGUGCCGUUGGUACUUGAGUGGGAAUAUGGUAAUGAAAGAACGUUCUACAAUUUAAAUUGCUCAUCUCCAUCUCAUUAUGGAUAUCAGUCCUUUGAUGAAGGUAGUUGCAAGAUAAAAAUUACCGAUCCUUUUGAAUACCACACAGACUCGGAUUAUUCAGAAUGUGGAUCAUUGUUUGAUUAUUAUCAAUAUCAAAAGAGAUAUUUAUCUUAUUAUCACGAAUAUGAGUAUGUAUCUUCAACAGAAUACUGCACAUGUAGUGCAGGAUAUGAAGGAAAUCCAUAUAUGUUUGAUGGAUGUCAAUAUCCAGAUGGGCUUUAUAACAAUAAUAGAUCUCAAGAUAGCAUUAAAAUACCAUCCAUCAUUAUUGGCAGUGUGUUUGGUGGGUUGCUUUUGCUCACUACAGCUUGGAAGUUUGGCAAAACUAUUACAGAGAUGGUAAAGGCCAGCCGAAAAUACAUGUUUUACAGGAGAAAUGGAGGCAUUUUGUUGGAGCAACAGUUGGCUGCUAUUGAGAAAGGCAUUGAGAAAACAAGAUUGUUUAGUUCUGUUGAGUUGGCCAAAGCUACUGAUGACUACAAUGAGAAUCGAGUACUUGGCCGUGGUGGUGAAGGUGUUGUGUAUAAAGGGAUGUUGGAGGAUGGAAGAAUCGUGGCAGUGAAGAAGUCGGAGAGGGUCAAACAAGGUGAUGUGGUAGACUUCAUUAACGAGGUUGUGAUUGUAUCACAGUUAAACCAUAGGAAUGUGGUAAAGCUGCUCGGGUGUUGUCUGGAAAGUGAAGUACCUCGUCUGGUCUACGAGUUCAUCCCCAAUGGCACUCUUUUUUCUCACAUCCAUCAUCCACAUGAAGAUUUCCCCUUAUUAUGGGAAAUGCGGGUGAGAAUUGCAAAGCAAGUGGCCGGAGCUCUUGCGUACUUGCACUCUGCUGCAUCUGUUCCUAUCUAUCACCGUGACAUCAAAUCAACCAACAUACUCUUGGAUGAGAAAUAUCGAGCCAAAAUAUCAGAUUUUGGGACAUCAAGAUCAAUUUCUCUCGAUCAAACUCACGUGACCACACGAGUGGUAGGCACGUUUGGGUACUUGGAUCCUGAGUACUUCCAGUCGAGCCAGUUCACAGAAAAGAGCGAUGUUUACAGUUUUGGUGUGGUGUUGGUUGAGCUUCUAACUGGAGAGAAGGCAAUAUCGGCUGUUAGAGUUGAAGAAGGUAGGGGUCUGUCCAUGCAUUUCCUACAUUCGAUGGAGCAAGAUCAGUUAUUUGAUAUUGUUGAUGCAAGGGUACUCAAAGAGGGCAAAAAGGAGGAAAUCGAGGCGAUGGCUGAAAUCGCCAAAAGAUGUCUGCAUUUGAAUGGGAAGGGCAGGCCAACGAUGAUGGAAGUUUCGCACCAUUUGGAAGGAAUCAAAGUAGAGAUUCCUGAAAAUCAGAUACAAAGCAGUGGCUGUGAUCCUAUUGAAGAUGUUGACUCUGAUGGCCUCUCUUCCAUCUCGGAAAUCAUUGAAUGUUCGUCAUCUGAUGAGUCUUGA